GCCUUGAUCUCAACCACCAGGAAUAUAGAAAUGUAGCAAACAUAUAACGUUAUAGUAACUUACUUUAGAGGCGGACAACAGAUCUUGACUUGGAGGACGAGGAAAUGUGGACACAAGGAUGCAUGAAGUGAAGAGUCUCGGAGACUUGGAGUGCGACGCUGGCUCCAGUGAUGAGAUGGAUCCUCGUCCCCCUUCUGAAACACAGCAUGGCAACAAUGUCACCUCUUGGGUGUCUGUGUGUCCCAGAGGCCUCUGGAAAGUCCAGCAAAAGCAGACCCACAAAGGGAGUCAACAGACUGUUUCUAAUUCUGGAGAUGGUGCAUAUUGUUCAUCCAGUUACUGUCCAAGGUUGGGUUCACUGUGUCAAGUCCGAGUGCGGCUCAAAGCCGGUCAGGAUGAAGCUGAGAGGGGAAGUGAGUGUCAGUCAGUCCAACCUGACCAAUGGGUCACGGAGACAGAGGCCACAGCCUUCCCAAGAUGCCAGGACUCUGUGCUGCAGAUCCCACUGAGUGACUGGACAACGUUGAGGCUAGGAGAGGGUCAGUGCGAUAUCACAGAGGCAUGUUUGGAGGGGAUGAAAGCAGGAGAGAAGUGUGAGAUACAGAUUUCUCCACUGCGAAAUGGACCAGAUGUCUCUGUCCCACAUCCUGCUGAGGAAAACCUGUCUUUAUGUGCCACAGUCGAACUCAACGCUUUCACACCAGGCAAGGAAUCCUGGGAGUUGUCUCCUGUCGAAAAGUGUCAGUGGGUGAAGUCACACAAAGAUAGGGGCGGAGUGAGAUUCAGGAGCGGGGAUGUUUGGGGAGCAGCAGACAGCUACAGCCGGGCCCUCAAACUUCUCAUCACUCUACAUUGGCAUGUUAAAGAUGUGGAGAAGAAAGGACUAGAGCAAGAAGCAGAAGAGCAGAGAGACACAAACACUGGUGAUAAAAUACAGCAACUUCCUUCAGCUAAUGAAUUCAAAACCCUUAAAGCAGAGCUCUACUCAAACAUGUCCUUGUGCCAGCUCAAAUUGAACCAACCACAGCUGGCCAAGGCCAGUGCGACUAAAGCCACUCAUCUGGAAACGGGUGGGGCUAAAGCCUGGUACCGGAUGGGCCAAGCCUGCCUGAUGUUGAAUGAGCUGGAGGAGGCCAGGCAGGCAUUUAGAAAACUGUUGGAGCUACAGCCAGAAUCACCUGCUGCUCUGAAGGCACUUAAAGACAUAGCAAGUAGAGAGAAAGAGAUAAAUGCACAGUUGGGCCUUAGACUCAGCAAAAUGUUCAGCUGAUGAUGAAAUAUUUUCCAUUUAUUAUCAUAUGUAAUGUGUAGAAUGGUACAUUUCUUCUCAUGAUUCGCCAUUAAAUGAAAGUGUAUGUAGAGCAACUGCAUCAGCUCAAAAGUGAAGCUAUUCAUCUGUGAAUGCACAUUUUUCUUCCAACACAUUGCUGCCUGUAUAUGAGAUGCCUGAAUGCAACUUAAAAGUAAAAACCA